GAGACCCCCUGCGAGAGCUGGGCAGCGAGUGUGGCAUCGAGUUCGACGAGGAGAGGACGGCGGUCAUCGACCACCACAACUACGACGUGUCCGACCCCGGGCAGCACACACUCAUUGUGGCAGACACUGAGAACCUCCUGAAGGCCCCCACCAUCGUGGGGAGAGCAGCACUGAACCCCAUCCUCUUCCGAGGAGUUGGGAUGGUGGCUGAUCCUGACAACCCCCUGGUGCUGGAUAUCCUGACCGGCUCUUCCACCUCCUACUCCUUUUUCCCUGAUAAGCCCAUUACUCAG